AUGGGCUGUGGUGCAAGCCUUGGUACUGAGGAGAUCACCAUUGGAGUCACCCAUCAGAGGCGAAAGGGCAGGAAGAGCCAAGUGCAGGCCGAAAAUGCCAACAAAGAGUAUCAGGACAAAAUUGAGUUCUUACUGAGUGUGCCUCUAUUCCAGCGGCUUCCGCAGGACGAACAUCCUGUAGUGGCUUCGGUUUGCGAAAGCUGCCGAUUCGGGCGCAACGAUGUCAUCAUCAGGCAAGGUGCGCGUGGAGAGGAGUUCUUUGUCAUCCAGACUGGGGCAGCAGAUGUCUUCGUGAAAAAGACCAAUGGGCAGCGUGACAAGAUUGCAACUCUGAGGGCAGGAGAUCACUUCGGCGAAGGUGCCCUAUUGCGAGACGAACCGCGAGCAGCCACCAUUGUUGCAGCGAGUGAAGUGCAGUCUCUGAAGAUCACACGAUCUGACUUCCAGUCCCUUGGCCUGCACAAGAAGCUGAAGUUUGGCCGUCGAGCUGCUGUCAGUGGCAGCAAAGAGAAGUUGAACAAAGCCAAGGAACCUGUGGCGAAGACCGAGGUUGAAGCAAAGCUUAUAGCUGAGGCGCUGAGGACCAAUGAGAACCUCUGGGUUUUCCAGAACUUGGAGGAAAAGAUCCCAGAGCUCACUGCAGUGAUGUGGAAGGAGUUCGUCAAGGCUGGGAAGAAGCUCAUCACUGAAGGUGAUUUGGAGGCUGACUACUUUUACAUUGUGCAAGAGGGCAAAUUCGAAAUUUCCGUGCGUGAGGAUAGGUUACAGGGGACGACGGUCAUGAAGGGCCCAACAAACUCUGUCGUUGUCGGUCACUCCAAAAAAGGCCAAAGUUUCGGUGAGGUCGCAUUGUUGUACUGCUCCCCGCGAGCAGCUACUGUGAGAGCUCUGAUAAACGCAGUAGUUUGGGUCAUCGACCGACAGCAGUUCAAGAACAUCCUUUUGAAGGCAUCUGACGUCAAGAUCGAAGAGUAUCGAGGAUACUUGGACACAGUGCCGUUGCUGUCAGCUCUUCUAAAGGAAGAGAGGAAUGAACUGGCAAAGGCGCUCAUCGAGAUGGUCUUCACACAAGGAGAGAAUAUCAUCGUCCAAGGAGAGACCGGCAACACCUUCUACAUCAUGUUCUCAGGGACAGUCGAUGUCUUCAAGGAGGACCAGCUGGUGGCCACCCUGGAGGCAAGUGUCAACCGCAAAACUACCCAGUACUUUGGAGAGUUUGCUUUGUUGGAAGAUGAGAGCCGAACUGCAACUGUCCAGGUGAGGUCAUCCACAGUGCGUUGCUUGGUCUUGGACCGCGACUCUUUCCAAAAGCUCUUAGGACCAUUGAAGGAAGUCAUCGCAAGCCAGAGGGCUUUGAGGAAGGACACGCUAUCUCCCCAGGAGGAAAAGAGGACUGACGGCCACGCACUGGCCCCUGAUCGGGACAAGGUCUUCAUGCAGGACCUUUCCUUUGUUGGCCUACUUGGUGUUGGAGGUUUCUCGAAGGUUGAACUCUGGCAGCACAUGGUCACCGGCAGCACGUAUGCCUUGAAGAGCAUCGAUAAAGGCUUGAUCAUGCACUAUGGCAUGGAGGACACUGUGCUCAGUGAGAAGAAAGCCCUCAUCAUGACGUACUCUCCCUUCAUCGUGCGGCUUGUGGAGUGCUUCAACAGCGAUCAAUACUUGCACUUUCUUCUGGAACCUUGCCUAGGAGGAGAGCUCUUGUCCAUCUUCUCCAGGAAAGGAUUUUGGGGCUCUGUACCACACAGUCGCUACUAUGCAGCUGGUGCUGCUUUGGCCUUGGAACACAUGCACGAGCGUCGGAUUGUGUACCGGGACUUGAAGCCCGAGAACGUGGUUUUGGAUCAAAACGGGCAUAUGAAAGUCACCGAUUUGGGUCUGGCCAAGCUGAUCAUUGGAAAGACAUACACCACGUGUGGCACCCCUGAGUACUUUGCGCCUGAAGUUAUUUCGUUUCGCGCUUACCA